AGAGCCCAGCACCGCGUCCAGCACCGCGCCCAGCACCGCGUCCAGCACCGCGUCCAGCACCGCGCCCAGCACCGCAGAGCCGCUGCUGAGCCCAUCAAGGUGCUUCAUAGACUAACAAGAAGCAGCUCGUGUGCGUGUGGUCCCUUCACCGGGUGAGCCACGCAGCAGCAUCACCAGUGGAGCUGCUUUCUGAAGUUCUGUCCCGUUCUGUAAGCCAGGCCAGGCUGUCCCUUGUGCAUCCCUGCUCUAUCUCCUGAGCGGUGCCAGCACCGAGCGGCAGCUCCUGGGUCCUGGGGAUGUUCCCCCUUGAGCCCGAAGCAGCAGCAGUCGACCUGGACCGACGCAGCGGGCUGUAUUCCGGAGCUGCCGGGUGGGAGCUGUCCCCGCCGGAGCCGUCCCCGAGCAGAUGACUGACACGGUGAUGAACGGGAGGGUGCCGCUGCCGGAGAAAGCCUUGUCCGAGGGCUAUGCCCGGCUGCGGUACCGGGACACCUCCAUGCUCAUCUGGCAGCAGCAGCAGCAGAAGCUGGAGUCGGCGCCCCCCAACACGUACCUGAGCCGGAGCCGGAGCAUGUGGUACUCGCAGUACGGCAACGAAGCCAUCCUGGUGCGGGACAAGAACAAGCUGGAUGUGCCCAGGGACACGGGGCAGUCCAAGUUCUGUGCUAUUAUGUGAUCGCUCUGGAGAGCGGCCAGGCUGGCCUCGGGCUGCAGGGAUGGGGCUGCAGCACCCGCAGGGCAGACCCGCGCAGGGCAGGCACAGGGCCCAGGCCAGGAACUGUCUGAGGUUUGUGUGUGUUGUCGCUGUUGUAGCAUCAGUCUGCACGUCGUGAGGUGUGUGUAAAACCCCGGCCUCAGCCGGAGCUCACAAGCCCGUGUCUGCUGCCUGGUAUCUUGGCAUGGUUCGUGUUGGACCAUGUGCUGUGUGUAAGUGGCUUGGGUAUGGUGAGGAGCACCUGCGGUCAUCUGGGAGCCAUCCCCAGCCAGCACUUCCAUCGCUAGUCCAUAUGGAUCGCCAGAGCUCUGCAGGGGCUGGCGGGAGAGACGGGCACGGAUCCGCUUCCGUCGAGGCCAGGAUUACGGGAAGGUUGAUCCGCACAGCUACAUGGCCAUCACUUGUUCAGUGUGCGCUGCCUCCCUGUAGUUACAGCCUGGAAGUGGUCUCAUACAUCCAGGAACGAGGUGAUUUAUUGAGGGGAGGAGGGAAAAGAUGUGCUGAGAGUUUCAUCUGAGCCUCCAGAACCCCGUCAGGAAAAGCUGCACUGGAGUUUCAUGCAAAGGGCCCUCCCUGGAACCACAACUGGGGAUCAGACGGGACUUUGGGACUGCUCCCUUCCCGCAGCUCCCCCAGCCCCUGCUUCGGCACCAGCCACCGAGUGGGCACCUGGAAGGGAGGGACAGGCCCAGGAGGCAGCAGGGAGAAAGUGACUGUAAAUCCACCCAUCUGCUG